CGUGCAUCCAUGCACACGCCAGUCGGUCACGCCGCGCCGCCCGACACACUUGCGUUCGUCACCGCACCUUUGUUCACCAAUCGGUCUGCCGCCGCGUGACGGACACGCACAACAUGCCGUUGAUACCGUCGCCCUGCACAUCGGUAACACCACCGUAGCUGUGGCCGGGGCCGACAUCUUCGGGUUGUACCUUCACCAAUUUUUUCCCCGUUAACCGUUAUAUUUCGUUUUUCGCACGGUGGCCACGGCACGCGGAUUUCUUCUCGCGUCGACCAAGUUCAACGACAACGUUUUCUUUUUUCCACCAAUCCUCGCUCAAUCGGACGUAACGGACUGAAGCGGAUCAUAGACUACUGCGGUUCACGCUUCUAAACGAUGUCUAAUAGAAAUGAGUCGUUUGCGGCUGAAUAUUGUCCUGGUGAAACAGUCACAUUGUACAGUCAACAACACCACACGAGGAUACAUCUUCAAAAUAAUGGCCAUACAAAUAAUCAUAUUCCUUUAAAUCAAAAAGGGGAACCAAUUAAAUUGCCAGAUAACUUGGAGAGUUUGCCACGUGCUGAACAUUUUCCUGUCCAAAGACAUCGUUGGAACACUAACGAGGAAAUAGCGGCUAUAUUAAUCAAUUUUGAAAGACAUAACGAAUGGCAAUCGAAAGAAGUAAAAAUAAGGCCCAAAAGUGGUUCGAUGUUGUUGUACAGCAGAAAAAAAGUGCGGUACCGACGCGACGGUUAUUGUUGGAAAAAAAGAAAAGAUGGCAAGACUACCCGUGAGGACCAUAUGAAGUUGAAAGUUCAAGGAACCGAGUGCAUUUAUGGCUGUUAUGUGCAUUCAGCUAUACUACCAACAUUCCAUAGAAGAUGUUACUGGUUACUACAAAAUCCGGACAUGGUGCUAGUACACUACCUCAACGUACCCUAUCCAGAUGACAACAAGUUGUCAGUGAUUUCUCCGAGUCUUGCACUGUGGGCUGAUCGAAAAGAAUGGACGAAAGAUGAACUGUUAUCUCAGCUAAAACCUAUGUUUUACGAGGAAGACCCUGACCUUAACAACGAAAUGGAAGUAUCGACUGCCGAAUGUGUAGCCGCCAUGGUCACGCAACUGAUGGAAUGGCAGAAAAAUGCUAGGGCAACUCUACUGAGCCGGACGCUCGAAUGCGGUUGUCCAGACUCCACAUGCGCGGAUGGACAGUCAUGUUCGCGGCCGAUAAGACGGAUUUCACCAUCUGACAGCAAUCAGGUAUCGUCGACAACCGGAAACAGAUCUCGUCCCGGAACAAUGCUACUCACCAACCACCACGUGAAUCCUUCUAGAACUACGAUGAACACGUUAAUGAUCACUAACCACGUGAAUAAGACACAAAACGGACAGACUUCUUUGAAUAAUAACUUGUUGUCGGAUUCUACAAGGGAUUUUCGUAACCAAUCACAACAACAACCACAACCGCAACAAUCACAACAACAAAUAAUCCUCAAACACGAAUGUAGAGAUAACAAUCAAAUUUUAAACAAUCGGCAAUCAACAAUCAACGUGGCUAACAAUAAUCACAUUCCCACUACAAUGAUAUCGUAUAAACCUCAAGGCGCUGAUGAAGUGAUCCACAUAUACACGGAAAAACAACCGUAUCACUCUUCUCCGAACCAGAAUGAACACGUACAUUUGUUCCACGGGCAAGAACACCUCAAAUCACAGUCGGACUCCGUUAAGUCCGAAUUUUACAACGUAACUUUGGAUUUGUCAAACGACGAUAUACAACAGACGCUUUCGGCCAACAUGCCAGUUUCGUGUGCUAAUGCCGACCAUCUUUUAAGAUUGGACGAUGAUCGAGACAACAAGAACUUAGACGGUACCGGAGACGACGUGUUCGUGAGUCUAGACGCUUUCGACAUGCUUACCGACUUUCAAGAGCUCGAUAUAUUAGAACACGCUACACAGCAAGCAUCCAGUCUGGUCACGGACAUUGUAACGAAUUCCGGAGAUUUACAGCCCCACGGACAGGCACAGUUAGAUAUAGACGUAUUACAAAUAACAGACUACUGUCCCGAAUGGGCAUUCCCCGAGGGAGGUGUUAAAGUACUGAUCACGGGCCCUUGGUAUUCUUCCUCGUCGUACACUGUUAUGUUCGAUACGAUUUCAGUCCCGAGCACUUUGAUCCAAGGAGGUGUUCUGCGAUGUUAUUGUCCAGCUCAUGAUAUAGGAACUGUUACAUUACAAGUGGUAGUCGAUGGCAGACCCAUAUCGACCACUGCUAUAUUUGAAUAUCGUCAGCACGAAUUCCCCCUAACUAUAUCAUCAUUGUCAAUGCCACAUGCACCGUCACUACUCAAAUUUCAUCUGCUUCAAAAACUUGACACCCUCGAAGAUUACUUACAGCCCAACAGUCAACAAGCAGACCAUCCUUUAAAAGAAAAUAUCGUCAUGUUUAGUAAGCCCAACUUUGAAGACCACCUUGUAAAUUACUGUGAAAAAAUGAAACAAUUUUCGUGGAAAUCUGAAUCCGAAUGUAACGUUAAACAUUUGGACACGGAAACUACUAUAUUACAUAUGGCAGCUUUUCUGGGAUAUUCUAAACUCGUGUGCAUUCUUCUUCAAUGGAAAUUAGAAAAUGUGUCAAUGUUUUUGGAAAUGGAAGUCAAUGUUUCGAAACAAGACCGCGAAGGAUAUACACCUUUGAUGUGGGCCUGUAAGAAAGGACACAAAGAUACGGCAAUUUUACUCUGUCAGUGGUAUCAAACUAUUCAAAGCUCUAAUGAAAAUUUUAAUCAAGAAUAUAACCAGCCCGACAUUUUAGAAUCCGUUCACCAAUAUUUUAAUGAUUUCAAUCAAAAUCAAUACUAUACUACUGACAAUUUAAACAAUGAUUCGUUUUUGAAACCUGAUGGUGAUAUAAAAAAAGAAAUCAGUCAAAAGUUUGAAGAGCCGUACAAUUCAACAGCAUCUCCCAAUAGAUCUAUUACCAUAUCAUGUUUGAAAGAAGCAGACAAACCAUGCAAAAAUGAAGAAAUCAGAAUUCAAGAAACCCAAGGGUCCAAAAGACCACUUCCAAACAGUUUUUUUCAAAUGGAUGAUUACUACGACCAAUUUCACAAGCCUACGGUUUACUUUCCAUCUGAUCAAAAGUUUCAAAAGAGUUUGUUUCUACCAUUACAAUCUCCGACGUCUGACAGUGGAAAUUCGUCAGAAAAGUCACCGGUUCUUACGAAGUCUGAUUUUAUAAUUUGCAUGGUAACCGCGCAGGCCGAUGGACCGGCGGACGGCGCUGUGGGUAGUGAAAACAAUGGCAAUGGUAACACGCGAUCAGGCGAACGUCAAAAUGAUGCACAAAUCGAAGACGCUGUUCAAACGCCCAAAAAUCUCGCGGAACAUGGGGAGCAAGAUGUACGUGUUUUGACGUUAGCUGAACAGUUUAUAGCAGCUAUGCCUGAUCAUAUAAAGAAUGAAAACGGAUCACAUGGUAAAAUUAUAGAUUCAUCAAUUUCAAUGGACGUUACUGAUGACCCUCCGUCAUCCGUGUCGUCAUGUUGUUUUGAUGCCAACUCUGAAAUAAAUACAGAAUUCAACGAACACGUUUAUCGUUAUCGGCAAAAAGAACGUGAAAUAGAAACACCAACGUCUAGCACGAGUUUAAGUUUAAGUCCAGUUUCCAGCGCAUCACAGUGCUCACCAGCGUCACCACCACCCAAUGCUGCAGAUUUAUGUGAAUUUCUUCACGCUUCGUCGAACAAUCAAUAUUUCGAAAAAAACUUUUCUAAUCUUACAUUAUCCGAUUAUGAACAACGUGAGUUAUACGAGGCAGCUAAAACGAUUCAAAAAGCAUACAGGACGUAUAAAAAAAAAGAAGAAGACAAAGAAAUUUCAGCCGCUUCGGUCAUACAAAAUUACUAUCGUCGUUACAAACAGUACGCGUACUAUAAACAAAUGACAAAAGCUGCAGUUCUAAUUCAAAAUCAAUACCGUUUAUACAGAAGACAUAAACGAUUCAAAAAAGAAGUUCCUCAUUACGCUAAUAAUACAUUCACAGUCAUCAAAAAAAAUCAGACUCAAAAGCGCCAAAACCAAGCAGCUCGAAAAAUUCAACAAUUUAUGAGACAAUCCAAGAACAGUACGUCUCCUCCUGUCUCUAUUAAUGGCCGUUCUUUUGGAUCUCGUAAGCGGGAAGCUAACAACAGUCAUAAUAUGAAAUAUCCACCGACAAAAGUGGCCCAGUAUACGACACUCAAUUGAAAAUAUCACGUAUAAAAUGAUUAAUCGUAGAGUUUUGAACAAUUAGUUUUUUUGUUUAUUAUUAUUAUUAUUAUUAUUAUU